AUGCCACCACUCGUCGAAGCCUUCCCAGCGUCAGAUCUCGCGCCACGCAUCAACGACCUACCAUCGGGCAAGAAGCGGAAACCAGCAGUUGCGGAUCUGAAGAGCUGCCCACUUCAAGAAUUGAUUCAGUACAAUUGCAACCUCAAUGGGCCGAGAGAGAGUCCCCAGAGUAAGGUUGUGUGUGAGCCAGUGUUGAGGUUAUUUCGGCAAUGCGCAAAUGGCAUGACGGUCGAGACGACAGCUUGGGAAGGAAGGUACGAUCAACGAAGUGAGGUGCGAGAUGGAGACCACGUGACAUCAACAACACAACAACAGGAAGCGAACAUAGAUGCCUGUACUCGAAGGCGGUAG